CGCGCGAGCGGGUGUCGCCACGGGACGAGCGAGAGUGUCGCGAGCAGCCGCCGCCGGCGCGUGAUGGACGUUGCAUGAGCGCGCGCGAGCGCGACACCUGGAGCCGACGGGCACGUCGGCCGUGGAGCGCGCGCCGUGGGCCCCGGGCGGCGCGGGCAUGCGCUUCGAGGGCGCGGAGCGGCGCGACGCCGUCGCCUUCCACCCGCUGCUGGCGCCGCGGCCGAGCGACUUCUCGGUGUCGGCGCUGCUGACGGCGGGCGCGCUGCCGCCGCCGCCAUACCUGCCGGCCGCACUGGCCGCUGCCGCCGCGCUGUCCGCGCCCUGUCCGCUGCUCAAGCCGCCGCCACCUCCCUACGCACCUCUGCCGCCUGACGACGACGGCGUCGUCGACGACCCCAAGGUCACGCUCGAGGGCAAGGACCUCUGGGAGAAGUUCCACAAGCUGGGCACCGAGAUGGUGAUCACCAAGAGUGGCAGACGUAUGUUUCCUGCCUACAAAGUUCGCGUUUCUGGUCUUGAUAAAAAAGCAAAGUACAUUUUGCUAAUGGACAUCGUAGCUGCCGACGAUUGCAGAUACAAAUUCCACAACAGUCGAUGGAUGGUCGCUGGCAAAGCUGACCCGGAAAUGCCGAAGAGGAUGUACAUCCACCCCGACUCCCCCUCCACGGGCGAGCAGUGGAUGCAGAAGGUUGUCUCCUUCCACAAGUUAAAACUGACCAACAAUAUCAGCGACAAACACGGAUUCGAGCUCAUCUAUAACCAAAGCCAACGGAUGUUGUCAAAGUUGCUGUGGCCGAAUCCUGCACCUAGUGCACCCAGAGAUACACACUCAGACCAUUUGUGUGUCACGCAGACGAUCCUGAACUCGAUGCACAAGUACCAGCCGAGGUUCCACCUGGUGCGAGCCAAUGACAUCCUGAAGCUGCCCUACUCCACCUUCCGGACGUACGUCUUCAAGGAGACGGAGUUCAUCGCUGUCACGGCUUACCAGAAUGAGAAGAUAACGCAGCUGAAGAUAGACAAUAACCCGUUCGCGAAGGGCUUCAGAGACACCGGAGCAGGCAAACGGGAAAAGAAUCUGUCGGUGUACCGCAGGCAGGCGCUGCUGACGGCGCGGGCGGACGCUCGAGACGAGGAUGACGAGCGGCCGCUGGACGUCGGCGGGCCCUCUAGCCCUCCGCCCUCGCACCCGGCCACGCAGCACUCUACUACCUCGUGGUUCAGCUCAAACAGCGGUGGCGGCGGCGCGGACUCCGGCAACGAGGAGACCAUCGAGGCGGGGUCGGAUUCGUCGUGCUCGGGGGGCCCGCGGGCGUCCUCCCCGCCGGCGGGGCCCUCGCGGCCCUCCCCGGCGCCGGACGUGUCCCUCGGCCCCCCCGUGCAGCCCCCGCUGCUGCCGUACCUGUACCCGCCAUCGCUGUACCCGCCGCCGUUCUUCCCGCCGCACCAGAUGCCGCCGGGGCUGCUGUUCAACCUGCACCCGCUGCUGCAGCAGUACUCCAUCCCGCCGCCGCCCGCGCCAGCGCCGGCGCCGUCGCUGUCCAAGGCGCACCGCUUCGCGCCGUACGCGCUGCCGACGCUGGGCUCGGCCUUCGAGCAGGUGGCGCCGCGGGCGCGCUCGCUGUCGUCGUCGCCGGCGCGGCGCGCCGCCAGCCCGCCGGCGCCGGCGCGGGCCGCCUCGGCCGAGCCGCCGCCCGAGCCCGCCACGCCGCCCGCCUCCGACCUCAAGAGCAUCGAGCGCAUGGUCAACGGGCUGGACGUGGAGCCGCAGGACUGAUGGCCGCGCCUGUACAUAGCGUGUAUUUAUAUCGCCGCCGCCCCCUCCGCGGGGAGGGGGCGGCGCGUCGUUUUGUAUCGUUCCUAUUUUGUUUCUGUCGAGUUCUAUUCGGGUCGAUAUUCGUAUACUGAUGUAAAUAGUUAAGCUUGUUAGACGGUUAGACACGAGGUCGACGACCGAGGAUGUCACACGGUGACUUUUCGUUCGUCGUUUUGUUGUUCGUAUCUUGUGCUUCUGCGACGCCCAUAGCCGACCACCGAGCUCCACUCUCUACUCCACUCCCUAAUGUACUGAACUCUUGUCGGUUUUCUAAUCUUGCAUAACCUUUGAUAUCAAUCGUAACAACUUUUUCUGAAACCAUGGUCGCCGUACAAGCACAAACAAAAGUUUAAACUGGCACUAUAAACCUCGAGGCCAUUGCUCUGCGUAACUUUAAAAAAGGAAGUGUCAAAUCUGACAGCUGUCAAAAGUGUCGGAUGUCAGCAGCAGUAGUGUCAAGGUGUCAAAAUGUCUCGCGUGACGUCUGACAUCGAAUCCACACGUAGUAUCGAUUACACGAUAGUUACAUAGUCUCCACUGCAAUAGCAAUAGGGUUAAUAUUGUCGACGUGAUCAAAUGGAUCUAAUGACGUUAUGCGACCUCCUUUUACUUACGAGUAUAGGUAACUUUACGAACGUAACAGGAAAAAUUUGUGACAACUUCGAAACUUACUUACAUGUUCUUAUUUUGAAACAUUUUUCAAACCGGAAGUAGCGAUAAAGGGGUUAAAAGUGAAAAUUCUAGAUGUGAAAUAUAAAACAUGUUGGCUAUUGAAAACCUAACACAUUUUUUACACAUAGAAUGUCAUGCGUAUUUCCAUAUUUUGUAAACAACAAAUACAUGUUUUCAAAUUCAACAACACUUUGUAUCCUCUGUUUAGAAUUGUUUUAAUUCAAUAACUAUUGCCGUAAAUGACGUCAUUACAUCAUUUAAUGACGUCGAAGAUGAUAAAAUUAUUUCAUUUCCCACUUGUUAGUAAUAAAUUAAUAAUAAUGCUUUAUUAUUUUGUAAAUACAAGUUUAAGGAUAUUUACGUGUUUAUUAAUAGACAUAUUUUGAAAAUAUGUUUUGUCAAUUGUGCUGUGAAGUUAGUGUGGGUUACUAACUGCUUUUUGAUAAAAAAAAAUACUUCGAAUAUCAGUAUAUUCUGCACUUUUUCCCGAAUUAACUGUACCUGAGAGUGUUAAACGUUAUCCAAACACAAAAACAAUUAAGAAAAGUGUUUUCCUAACACCGAAAAAGUUGAAAAUAGUUUUGACAUAAAGCAGCAAGUAACUCCCGCCAUAUAAACGAUUGAUGAAAAUCUAACUGUAAGUUAAAAUUUGUAAUAUAUAGUUGAUAAAUAUUGUAGUUAAAAAUACAAAAUAUAAAAUUAUAAAUGAAUAUAAUUUUCCAUGGAAUUCAUUAAAUCUAAGCAAGCAUUAAAAGUUUUGAUUCGAUACUAGAUAUAUUCUUGAUUAAAAGUUAUUUCCUUUCUUACCUUUAAAAAUAUUUGUAAUUUUGAAAAAAGAACAAGUGAUUUGAAUUGCAAUAUGGAAGUGUUAAUUUGCCAUUUUUCUACAAAACUUUGCUUUGAAAAGAGACUGUAAAACAACAUCUGUAUUGAAAAUUAUUCAUUAAAAUAUAUAGAUAAAUCUAUUGACAAA